AUGUCACUUCCACGAGGUCCAUACACCGGUGUAGGUUAUCGUCCACCAUAUGCAGCUGUACGAAGACCUCCGACAUUUUAUGGACGACCACCCUAUGCUGUUCGUCCUAUUGGACCAGCACCAGGCGGAGCAGGUGCCGGUACAGGAGCUAUAGCUGGUGUUAUUGGUGGCCUUGCGGCACCAUUAUUAUGCUUAGGAUGUUUAUCAUCAUUAGCAUUAUUAGGUUUAUUUGCCACAAUGAUUGCUGCAGCAACCUAUAUGAAUAAAAUUCAAAAAGAAUUUCGAAGGGGUGUAACUGGUGCCGGUAGUCUAAUAGAAAUGAUGAUGCAUAUAGGAGUAAGAUAUAUAAUGCGUCCAACUUAUGGACCGAGACCUAUCUACGGUGCACCGAGACCUAUCUACGGAACUCCUUUACCACCACCGGCUCGUGGAGGUGGAGGUGCAGGUGGUGCUGGUGCAUUGGGAGGGGUUUUAGGCGGUUUAGGUGGUGCUGUAACAUGUUUAUGCUGUUUAUCAGCAUUGGGUUUAAUUGGACUUUGGGCUACAUUUAUUCCAUUUGUUGCUUACUUCAAAUAUGCCUAUGAUCAAUGGACACGUACAUAUGGUGUUAGUUCAGCAACAAAUUUUGGAAUCCAACAAGUCGUACUUUUAGUCAGUUUAUGUUUUGUCGCAACAUCAUUUCUAAAACGGAGAAUACCAACGUGA